AUGAUUCCGAUUGUAUUAGGAGGAGGGCUUCUAGGAUCACAAUGCAAACUUCACACAGACUGCUCUGUCUCAAAUUCGCGAUGUGUAAGAGGCACCUGCUCUUGUCAACCGUACUUCGCACAAGUUGACAACGCCACUUGCCUUGAAUCUACUCUCCUUGGUUCAGAGUGUGUGGUCUCGGAACAAUGCACUCUGAAAGUGGCGUACAGUGCUUGUUUGGAAGGCGUCUGCCGGUGUACCGACGGGCAUCUGCAAUUCAGGAAGCAUACUUGCCUUUCGCCGGCACCGCCAAAUCACGUAUGUUACAGCAACGAGCAUUGCCGCCUCUGGGAUAAAGAUAGCCAUUGUGAAUUCGUUAUACCAAAUCUCUUUGGGCGAUGUUCUUGUAAUUCAUUUUUCAAGAAAUCUGGAGAAAAAUGCCUACCAAUGAAACUUCCAACGUACGCACCAGAAGCAGUUAUUGCUGAACAAGAAACUAUUUACGACGUAGCUAACGACACUUCGAAUAAUUAUGAAGCAGCUAGUCUCAAAGACCCUACAGGGCAAGCCAAUCUAGUCUUUCCAACAGACGAUGUCAAGCCAAGUAAACCUCCAAUGUUUACUAGUAAAAAUGACGUUCUGAGUACUCAAGAGGACAGUCCAUUGAUGCAAGCAGUUAUGAAAGUUCCAUUUGUAGAACAGACUAAACGGUUGCCAGUUUCCACAAGAAAAGAUGAAGAACCAAAUGAGUUAAUAAAGUCUGAUGAAAUGACAGCUAAUUUGCACGCUAAUGAUCAACCUGUCUAUAGAGUAGUUACCCAGCCUUCGAUGGAUAAGAAAUCCAACAAGAAGAGUGGAACUUCUAAGGAACAAAAUGGCAAACACAAGGGUCAUCAGAAAAAAUCUUCACUUAAAGAAAAACAACGUGUUCGAGCCGACGGAGUAGCAAGUUUGGAUUUGGGUCCAGUGUCUCUGGGCAUGCCUUGUUACAUCGACAGCCAGUGCCAGAAAGUAGACCCGAAUACGCGCUGCCUCAACAAACGCUGCGACUGCACGUAUCGUACCAAUUCUACUGCAGCAUGUUCUGCGCGUAACAGAGGAUGUCUUCCUGGCACAUUCCAGUGUCGAUCAACAGGCACCUGCAUAAGCUGGUACUUCGUGUGUGACGGAAGAAAGGACUGUCCAGAUGGCUCCGAUGAGAAAUGUUUAGGUACUGGUAAAGAUGGUACAGGCGAGCGAUGCCCCAUGCACGCUUUCCGCUGUGGGGGCCCAGGAUCCCCGUGUGUUUCUCGUGCUUCACGCUGUGAUGGAACUCCUCAAUGCCCAGGUGGAGAGGACGAAAGGAACUGCAGAGCGACACGACGCAAAGGAUGCCCGCGUCACACGUUCCGGUGUAAUUCUGGAGAAUGUCUUCCUGAAUACGAAUUCUGCAACGCGAUCAUCUCCUGCAAGGACGCAUCUGAUGAGCCGCCGCAUCUAUGUAAUGAACAGUCGAGAUGGCGGGCUGCAGACUUCUGCCCGCUUCGCUGUGGAAACGGUAGAUGUCGCAGUACAGCUGUGGCGUGCUCUGGGCGAGAUGGCUGCGGCGACAAUAGCGAUGAGAUAGCUUGUUCCGUUUGUAAAUGUCCAGCUGGACCACCAGCAGUCACGCCAUGA